GGCCAGCGACUCAAAAGCGUUCGGUGGUUUUAAGUGCUCGGAACUGUUUAACUUCUGGUCUAAUAUAAAAAAAAAAACAAAUUUCCUCAAUAUGAGAAUCCUGGCAGAGAAUCACGUCAGCUUGCUGGAUCCUUCGGAGCUGAUGCGGCCAGAGCCCACCUUUGCCGACAAGAAUCCCUCCAAGUUCCGUGACUACAGUGUGGACACAACGGAUCCACUGAAGGAGCGCGUGCGUCAGACCUAUCGUCAGAUGCAUCUGAAUCAGACGGUGGACUUCGUCAAGGGUCGCCGGAAUCACUGGCUGAAGUUCAAUACGAUUCAAAUGACGGUGCGCGAAGCUCUGGAGAAGCUCAACGAUCUGGUGGAUGAAUCCGAUCCCGAUCUGGAUCUUCCCAAUAUCAUACACGCCUUCCAGGCGGCUGAGCGGGCGCGCGCCGAGUUUCCGGAGCACGACUGGCUGCAUCUGACGGCCCUCAUCCACGAUCUGGGAAAGAUCAUGGCCUUCUAUGGGGAGCCGCAGUGGGCUGUUGUGGGCGACACAUUCGCUGUGGGCUGCCGCUGGGGCGACAGCAUCGUCUAUCGGGACGAGAGCUUCGUCGGAAAUCCCGACGGUGCCAAUCCAGCCUACAAUACCGAGCAUGGCAUCUACAAGCCCCACUGCGGCGUGGACAACCUGCUCAUGUCCUGGGGCCACGACGAGUACAUGUACUGUGUGCUCAAGCACAACAGGUCCAAGCUGCCCGACGUCGCAUGCAACAUAAUUCGCUUCCAUUCGUUCUAUCCCUGGCACAAUGGCGGAGAUUACCAGCACCUGCAGGCCCCCAAGGAUGAGGAGACCAAGAAAUGGGUGCUGAUUUUUAAUCGCUAUGAUCUGUACACCAAAAGCGAGGUAGUGCCAGACAUCGAGGCUCUAUGGCCGUAUUACCAGACUCUGAUCGACAAAUAUUUGCCAGGCAUCUUGGAAUUCUAAAAGAUUUGACUAAAACAUGUUAUUAAAUAUCAUAAGUAAUUCUAAAUUCUAUUAAUAACUAUAAAUGCAAUUUAAACAGCUGUUGUGAAUAUAUUCGAGUACUCAUAUUCAUAUUCACAAGUACGCGUAUCAAAAUAUGAAUACCAAAUGUACUUACCCACAUGACAAUAAAUAUAUACAUAUAU